AUGGGAGGGGCACAGAAAUCCUCUAUGUAUAAGAAGUGCCGUUUUCACUAGUGGGGAUUUUACAAACCAACUCAGGACGAACGAAAUGAGCUGCCCCAGAGCCGCUACAAAAUGCUGGAUGGACACCUACUCCUGGGAUGGUUAUCAUUCACUAUAAUAGUGCAUCUAAUCUGCUUGCCUGGACCAAGCACUGCUUACUUUGGGCUGACAGGUGAUGAACCCCUGUCCAUUCUGCCCCUGAACUCACAACCAGACGAGAGGACGGGCAAAGCACACUACAAGCUCUGUGACCGACUCAAGCUAGAGAAAAAGCAACGCAGAAUGUGCAGACGGGACCCCGGUGUAGCCGAGACUCUGAUUGAAGCAAUCAGUAUGAGUGCAUUAGAGUGCCAAUACCAGUUUCGCUUUGAGAGGUGGAACUGUACUUUAGAGGGCCGUUAUAGGAGUCACAUUUUAAAGAGGGGCUUUAAGGAGACUGCGUUCCUCUUCGCCAUCUCCUCAGCUGGCCUUACCCAUGCCAUGGCUAAAGCCUGCAGCGCUGGUCGCAUGGAGCGCUGCACCUGUGAUGAGGCUCCAGAUCUGGAGAACCGCAAAGCCUGGCAGUGGGGUGGCUGUGGAGACAACCUCAAGUACAGCAACAAAUUUGUCAAAGACUUCCUGGGUAAGAGGUCCAACAAGGAUCUCCGCGCCCGGAUAGACACGCACAACAGCAAUGUAGGAAUGAAGGUGAUCAAGGCAGGAGUGGAGACCACCUGCAAAUGUCACGGAGUGUCAGGCUCGUGCACAGUGCAGACCUGCUGGAGGCAGCUGGCGCCCUUCCACGAGAUCGGCAAGCAGCUCAAGCAACGCUACGAGACAUCCGUCAAAGUGAUGAGCUCCAACAACGAAGCCACCGGGGAGGCAGAAAUCUCCCAGAGCCGAUCCCAGGGGCAGCCGCCCCCACCGGGCCCGCGGCCGGACACCAUUCCCCGCACCACCGAUCUCCUUCACAUUGAGGACUCGCCGAGCUUUUGCAGACCCAGCAAGUAUUCGGCGGGCACGUCGGCACGCAAGUGCUACAAGGAUAAGAACUGCGAGGCCAUCUGCUGCGGCAGGGGCCACAACACUCAGAGCAGAGUGGUGACGAGACCGUGCCAGUGCCAAGUACGCUGGUGCUGUUACGUCGAAUGCAAACAGUGCACUCAAAGAGAAGAGGUUUACACCUGUAAAGGGUAAGACAACCAUGACAACCGUGCAGAAUAUCUCUGACCUGUCCUGAACUCUAUCCAGAGAACAAUCAAGAGAGAUGAACGACAGCGAGGAAAAAGGAAAAUGGGAGAAGUGACACGCUGGAAUUGAGGGAUUCAGUCCUAGUUUGUUUGGAGAAAGAUCUCAAAUGAAUCAAGCUAGUUAAAUAAGAUGAAAGCACUUUUUUGAGAGGUGUUGCAAGGAGUUGUGUGAAGGCUGUAUAAUAUACGUACCCGGAGGGAAGUCCACAGCUUUGAGAGACACCUUGGAACUAGACGAAACACUUUACUCUGAGUAACUCUAAGCCUGCCAAGAUAUCAAUCAGGGGUGAAAUCCAGUCGUGGGCAGACAAUUGUUUGUCCAACGGUUUGACAGUCUCUGAAUAAUAGUUUGAAAACUUUUCAAGCCGUAUGUGUAAGAGUAUGAGUUAUUUCCAACAGAAUUCAUCCGGAGACUCAAACGAUGGUGUCAGAUUUAUUCUACAUGCACAUGUAUUCAACACCCACACAAGAGUGUGUUUAUGCAUAUGUACAUAGACGAAAUUACAUUAUAAUUCUUUUAUAUACGCCACUUAUCUGUGUAUGUUAAAUAACCACUAACCACACAAAUGUUUUAUUGUUUGUGUGCUCUCGUCAACUUUGCGUUGUAAUUCUCUUCGACAAGGCCCUUCGGAAAGCAAUACUUUUGAUUUGUGUCUUUCUAUGGAUAUAAUUUAUGGAAUGUUUUAAGGACUAUUCCUUCGCAAAGGAACAAAAAUUAUUUGCUUGUCCUCUAGUUUUCUUUUCAAGACAGUGAAAAUCUUUGCCAGUCCUUUUAAAGAUUUAUUUAGGCCUUAAAUGAACUCUACAGAUGGCUGUUCAGGGAACAAGUGAAACCACUAUGCGCAAAUGGAUGGUAAAGAAAUCAGAGAUUUCACAAGCAGGAGUAAUUGUCUCCUUGACUAAAGCUUCCACCUGACAACAGAUUUGUCCAUUCUCAUUAAAAGCUGCUGAUUCACUGCUGUAAGCGUUGCAGCAGCGCUGGUCAUGCGAUGCUGAUUCAGUGCGCCACUCUAAGUUCUGAGUUAUACAGAUAGAUUAAGGGUACAACAUCAAGAUGAACGCAAUCACAGCAGCAAAUGUGAGCCACACGUGAGUCUGCAUUGGAAAAAGAAAAAUGUUCUCCUUUAUACCUUUUGAUUUUAGGAGGCAGAAAUUAAUGUCAGGACUAAACUGAUUCUGGUGGGACGGUGGGAAAUGACGGCGGGCGAUUCUAGCACCUGUUCGAGUUCAAGAGGGGAUGGUUGUCACGUUUACAACUUGACUCUGUGUCUCUGUUGUCACAUUGUUGUUCAGUAGACGAAGAACCAAAGUGGACAAACCUCGACACUUGUAUGUUUGAGGUUCUGUUUGAAGUGACUGUUUCAUUGACCCUAUUCACGGUUUUGAAGAGGCAAGACAAACUGUAAGCACACUGUAAAACUAAGUAAACUGUAGUUUUGCAGCAGGUUUGCCAGUAACGUACUUUCAAUAUAAUUUACAAUAUUAUUUUAAACAUAAACUUACCUAGUUCUUAUAUUUUCUUUCAUUAAACAAGACUAAAUAUCUUAGGUUACUUUCCUUGUUAUGUAAAUGUUUUGUAAUAUAUGAAGUUUUAAAUGUUUUUAAUAGAAAACCAAACAAAAAUGCUCAGGAAGGAUGUCAUUUUUGCAGUGUAAUGCCAGUAAUGAGACCAGUCUCUUCUUGCUCAUUUUGAAUAUCAAAAGUCAAAGUGUUUUAAUUUUGGUUAAAGUAAAGUUUAACUCAAAUUAAAAACAGUUCUCAUAGGAAAAUAUUAAGUAGUAAUCAAAUCUAAGUUACUGGCAAAACUGCUGCAAAAUUACAGCAAAGUUUUACAGUGCAAUACUAAAAAUCCAUAAUUGUGAAAAUGAUGUGAAAACGACCGCUGUAAAAGUUUCUGUUCAACCAAAUGACAAGAUCUAAGUUUCGGAUCAGACUUUUAAGUCACUUAAAUCAGACUAAAACAGAUACAUUUUGACAAUGCAUGACUUUUGUAUUCAUAUCCCCUGACUCUCUUGAUAGUUACAUAGUGUAAAUAUAAAUGUAUAUGAACAUAUGACAAAGUAUAUGAAUGAAUUAUAUAUGCUUUUUAUUGUUUUAGUCGAGUGUGAAUGAACUACUGAGUGAGGGACCUACAAAAAGCAAAAUGGCACCAUUCACGCACUGAAGCUGUCCUAUUAAGUAUUUAAGAACAUGUAUUUAUGAAUAUAUAUAUAAAUAUAUAUAUAUAUAAAUAUCAUUCAAAAGGUUUUUUCAUUUGUAAAUAGCUAAGGUUAUGUUCCUGUGGCAAACAAAGAGAAGUGGGGCACAUGCAUACCGCUUAAAGGCAUUUGGACAGAAGUUUCCAGAAUGUUUAGAUGAAAGACUAACUAACUGAGUAGAGGUACGGUGUUGUUGUUCACGUAAAUUGCCAACUUUAGUGCUUUGUAAAUACAGGAUAAUAUGUUACAAGAUAGUCCCCAGUAGGCACACGCACAGUGCCAAAAUAUCAUCAUCUGGAUCUUAUAUAUGUACAGCGGGUAAACAUCCUAAAUAGAGCACAUUUAAAUACAGUCUGAAUUAUCUGAAAAUCAAAAAAUUAUGUUUUGACAAUGUGCAUGUGCAAUCAGGGUCAAUAUGCCCCUUUACACAAAAACAAGAGGCGCAGACGAGCAUAGCAAAUGUUUCUGUCGGAGAAGGGACACAUUUUAUCCUUUCAUUUAACCUUAUGAGCUGAAUUCCAAACAGUUUUUGAUGGGGAGACGUGCCAAUUAAAGAAUGCUUGGAAACGUAUACAUAGACCUUUGCACGCUACAUGGAAACCAUAAUGGCUAUGGCGAGUCUCUCAUCAGUCAAGGCCUCUGCCCACAACAGAAGUGAGCAGAAAAACACUGACAUACGUUUGAGACACAACUCUCCUCAGCUGCCUGUACACAUCUGUUCCGACUCAAAUACGUUUAAUGACAAACAUUGUAGAUACAACAUAUAGUUUUAAUAUUUUUUGGCAUGCUGCAUGUUCUCAAUAAUCAGUCAUGUUUUCUUAUUGACAGAAGGCAGUGUGAGAUCUGUUUUUUAUUCCAUUUUUGUCCUUGGUAGUUCUUUAUUCGUACUUUCCAAUGCAACCUGUAAAAAAUCUUUGCACGGAAAAUGGAAAUAGAUGAAAUAUAAAUUAUUUUCAAACAUUUUAUGCGCAUGUGUUAAUUGUACAUUUUGUAAAGCUCAAGUUGAUUUUAUAUUCUUAUUUUAUUUUUUUAACUCUGGCAUGCAUCUGGCCUGUAUUGGGUAUAUGCUAUUUGGGUUUGAGGUAGUUGAUUCAUUUCUUCUGAUGGCUAAAAUAUAUAAUUUCCCACCCAAUGUAAAGCACAAUCCAGGCCCUCUCAUAUCUAGCCAUGCUAUGUUACCAUGUCCUUAUUGGAUUUUAAGGAAUUUAGACCAAAGCGUGCCAAUAUGUAGUACACAAAACAUCAGCAGCCACACCCUCACCCACAGUAAGACUAAAUACGUCCCAGUUAACUGUAGCUUUGUAGCAUACUAGUGAACAUUGUUCUACUAUAUUGAUUGUGGAAUCAAAUUCAACAAUUUAAAAAAAAAGUUAGUCGAUCAUUUAUAGACAUACAUCUAUUAAGAGCAAAUCGGGGACUGCUAGCAUUGACCAAAUGGACAAUACAAUUUUGUCAUGAAUUCCAAUGGCUCAGUCACUAUUCUGAUUCUUGUCAGGGUUUGUGCAAUGCUGUUACUGUUCAUAUACAUUCUUUUUUCAUUUAAGGGUAGAGUUUUGUCAGUUGGUUGUCUUCGUCCACUUUUUUCUUGUCUUAUGGGAAGCUAUUUUCCGCUAAAUUAUUUUCCUCUACCUCAUGUGUAUAGCUUGUAGGUAUAAACUGAUCAUGAAUGACUG